GUUUCACUUUUCUUUAUGAAAUACAAAACAAAACAAAAUGUUGUAUUUGUUAGGUUUAAUUGGUGAAUAAUUUUAUUUAUUUUAGCUCGUCUUACAUCUCUACCAUCAUCAUUAUUUUCAUCAUACUUGCUCAUAAAGACUAAAAUCAAGGUCUACAAAGAAUAGAAAGAUGACAAACUAUGUACUUUCUCUAUUUCGAAAUAUUCGCUAUAUUAUUGGUAUAAAUACUAUUUAUUGUUCAAACUUAUUUUAUAUGUUGCGCUAAUGUGUAAGAAAAAAUAUAAUCAAGUGAAAUCUUGUUUGAUUGGUUUAAUCGCAUGCUUUCCUAAUAUAAUAACUUUUUAUAAUUUUUAAAUGUGUAUAGUUCAAUAUAUAAAUAAUUAAAAUAACAUAUUGAAUUCGUAUAAAGUCAAGAAAAUAUAAUAAGUAUAGUUAAACGGAGAAAAUAUUUAUAAAAAAUUACAUUUUUAUUAAAGAAGGUUACAAUCAAUAAAACAAUCGGGUGCUAGAUUAUGUAUCACUACGACACUACCUACUAUUCCUAAAUUAGUUGUUGCUACAAUCGCUAAUGAUAGAUCUGAAGUAAACACCUACUCGAAGUCAAGAAACUUCCCACCAAAAUAUGAGCCCUACAUAUAAGCAAUUAAGCAUCUCCUGUCAUCCCAAAUUAGCCAUGUUGCAUCAGAAAUCUGAAUUUAUUGUAUAAAACAAAGUCACAAACCAGGACAAGAAUCACCGACCCUUUCAAACUCAUCAAAAGCAUUCCAAACCAGACUAAUCUUUGAUCAUCACUACUACACCAAUGGCUUCCUCAUCAAUCCUUCUACUUCUCUUUUUCUUAUGUCUUUCCUCCAUAGCCACUGCUAAUGAGAAGCUUUCAGCCUAUGAUGCCUUAAAAACCUUCAAUUUUCCAAUGGGUAUUCUUCCUAAAGGCGCUUUGGGUUAUGAUUUAAACGAAAAGACUGGAAAUUUCAAAGCUUUUCUUAAUGGGAGCUGUAGUUUUUCAUUAGAAGGGUCUUAUCAACUCAAUUACAAGUCAACAAUUAAUGGGUUUAUUUCCAAGAAUAAGCUCACUAAUCUUAGUGGGGUUAGUGUGAAGGUUUUCUUCAUGUGGUUGAAUAUUGUUGAAGUGAGAAGAAUUGGUGAUGAACUUGAGUUUUCUGUCGGUAUUACUUCUGCUAACUUUCCUGUUGAUAAUUUUAAUGAAUGCCCACAAUGUGGUUGUGGAUUAAAAUGCAAGAAUGAUGUCAAUAAUCACCUACUCAAGGAGAUUGAUGAGGUUAGAUCUUCUAUUUCUCCAAUUUGAGAGAUUUUAGGGUUUGUUGAUUGGUGGGUUGUUUUGUUUUUGGGUUAAUUUUAAUGGGUUUUAUUUGAUUUUGUUAAUAGUUGGAUAUUGUGGUUUAAUGUUGAUAAAGUUUACCCAUUUAUAUGUAAUCAAGAUCUUGCAAUUAUGUUUUUCUUUGUUGAUAUCCAGUAUACAAUGUUUGGUUUACUUUGUUUGAAUGUGUAGAUUGAUUGUUAUUUUGGGGCACAAAUUUACGUAUGAUACGGUCUCACCCAAAAACGCCUCAUACAUAUAUUAAAUAGCUCAUCUGAUACCUAAUAUGUCGGGUUUUUUAUCUAAUGUUGUCUUACCGUCCAACGAGAGAUAGUCUUUCAUGGUUCUAUUUUGGGUGUAUUGCUAGCAUUUUUGAUCUGCUACAAAUAGACCUUUUGUAGAUGGAGAAUCUGAUUGAUAUGACUAAAACUUUCAUGAGAGGAUUGGAUUGUCUUUUACUGUUCCCGUACAUUGUUUUGAGGUGAUUUUAAUUGGAUCAGCACAAAAUAUUUUUUAAAAAAGUAACUGUAUCCUGUAUAAGUGGGAGUCCAAUUUUCUUUUUUUUUUAUUUGGUCUCAUAUAAAAUGAGCUUUUUUUGGCGAGAAGUAGUGGUCGGAAGUAGUGGUACAGUAGAACAGUAAGCUGCUUAUCCCUCCCAAUGGAGGAAGUUGCUAACCUGGUGUUUCUUGCUAAGUAAUUAUUUUAAAUCUGGAGAAGGAAAUAAUUGACUAUCAUUAGAACUGAUAUAUUGGUUCAUGUAGUCGACUUCAAUCUUUGUUUAUUAAGACUCUAGCAUUGUUUGAAGAAAAUAAUCUCCAUUACGUUUGUUUCUAAUAUUAGCACAACUUGACUGCACGAUAUGUGGUAACUAAAGGUUCAAGAAGAAACAUAUCCUAGGAGAAACUGUCAGUCGCAUUCGAGAACAAACGACUUAAGCUUUUUCAUUUUUUCUUGGAGUUGAUAAGGAAAUGUUCAAGAAUGGUAGUAAGAAUGGAAGAUGUGUUUUAAAAGUCUUAGUAGGCUUCACAUCUUCAUCCUCCAACUCUCGUCCUCUUAGUAGGUGGUUGUAUAGCUUCUCGUAGGCGUUCUUGCUUGAUGGUGUUUGCCGUUUUUGGGAGUAGCAUGUUUCCCUGUUUAGUUUUGUGGGUGCAAAGAGACUUGUCUAUAACUGUUGAAACACAUGUCGUAAUAUAGGUGACUCCGAAGAGAAAAUUCGUAGAAGUUGAGGAGUAGGACAGUUGAGACACAAAACUCGAAACUCAUCAUGUUUCAAAUUUUAAGUAGAUAGUUAUAGAUAUGUUCGAAACAUUGGUUAUUGUUCAUGUUCUAUACUCAAUUGCUAACAAAUUUCCGUUAGGUUUGGUUGCGUUUUAGGGCUAUUUCUUUUAACCUCGUGUUGUUUAAGAUCGGUAGUUAUAGGUCUAUCUAUCCCGUCAUGGCGUCAACAGUAGUUUCCCUAAAUGGGUUUAUACUUGCUGUACCGGACUUGGUUAUGAAUGCAGAUUGCUUUCUUUAGAGUUAUCUCUUGAUCAGUUGAUAUUUCAGCACAUUCAACCAUGUGCAAGAAAGAAUAAAGAAAAGAGCAGAUUAUAGCACAUAAGAGCCAACCAGAUGUGGAUGCUCAACUGAUAAUCAAGUGCAGCAUAAGAUAUGUCUACCCGUUAGCGAUGCUCGACUAUGAGAUUAUCUAUUUGUUUACGAGUACAUCUUCGCCUUCUGAUGUAACAAGUGCUCAUGUCAGGAAUUCAAAUUUUGGGCGAUGGCGUCCAAGGACAACUUUAGUUUGAUUAUUUAUCUCAACUCUACUCCCUGUUACAAUAAGGUCAUAAAAAAUUUAGGGGUGUUCAUAAUCGGAAAUUUGACAUUUUGGGUACACGGUUGAUCAGGUUGUUGUUUGAACAACUUAUGUCUUGACCGAGCUUUUGGCAUAUCAAAGCUUAAGUGAACACAAGCGGAACAUUAGAACAUUUACGCUUUGUUGGGAUUGAAGGAAUUGA